GAGGGCUGUUUUCUGCUGACUUCAACACUUCUUAUAUUUAGCCUCAAUAUUUAGCAGAGGCACUCGAGAUCAAACAGUCUUACGAGUCACUUCUACACAGGCGGAGGAAAAUAAAAAUCCGAAAAGAUGUGUGACGACGAAGUUGCUGCUCUAGUUGUAGACAAUGGAUCUGGAAUGUGCAAAGCUGGAUUUGCUGGAGAUGAUGCUCCCAGAGCCGUCUUCCCUUCCAUCGUCGGUCGUCCCCGUCACCAGGGUGUCAUGGUCGGUAUGGGACAGAAGGACUCCUAUGUUGGAGAUGAAGCCCAGAGCAAGAGAGGUAUCCUCACCCUGAAGUACCCCGUUGAGCACGGAAUCAUCACCAACUGGGAUGAUAUGGAGAAGAUCUGGCAUCACACCUUCUACAACGAGCUCCGUGUUGCCCCUGAGGAGCAGCCCGUCCUCCUGACUGAGGCUCCCCUCAACCCCAAGGCCAACAGAGAGAAGAUGACACAGAUCAUGUUCGAGACCUUCAACUCUCCCGCUAUGUAUGUCGCUAUCCAGGCCGUCCUCUCCCUCUAUGCUUCCGGUCGUACUACCGGUAUUGUUCUAGACUCCGGAGAUGGUGUUUCCCACACCGUUCCCAUCUAUGAAGGUUAUGCUCUCCCCCACGCCAUCCUUCGUCUGGAUCUGGCUGGUCGUGAUCUUACUGAUUAUCUCAUGAAGAUCCUGACUGAGAGAGGAUACUCCUUCACCACCACCGCUGAGAGAGAGAUUGUCAGGGACAUCAAGGAGAAGCUGUGCUAUGUUGCCCUGGACUUUGAGCAGGAGAUGGCCACCGCUGCUGCCUCCACCUCCCUGGAGAAGUCAUAUGAGCUUCCCGACGGUCAGGUCAUCACCAUCGGUAAUGAGAGGUUCAGGUGCCCUGAGGCCCUCUUCCAGCCUUCCUUCCUUGGAAUGGAGUCCUGUGGUAUCCACGAAACCGUCUACAACUCCAUCAUGAAGUGCGACGUUGAUAUCCGUAAGGACCUGUACGCUAACACUGUCCUGUCCGGAGGUACCACCAUGUACCCCGGUAUUGCUGACAGGAUGCAGAAGGAGAUCACCGCCCUGGCUCCCUCCACCAUCAAGAUCAAGAUCAUUGCUCCCCCUGAGAGGAAGUACUCCGUAUGGAUCGGUGGAUCCAUCCUGGCCUCCCUCUCCACCUUCCAGCAGAUGUGGAUCUCCAAGCAGGAGUAUGAUGAGUCUGGACCCGGAAUUGUUCACAGAAAGUGCUUCUAAAUUUCUCUUUCCUUUACUAAUUGCAAAACUGCCAAUAUUUUCUUACACUCAAUUUUUCAAUGGUCUGAUUACUCUGCUCUAACUAAAUUAAUCAGUCUCCUGAGCUUUCUCAGAUAAAACGUUCGUUUAGAUGAACAAGUUGGUAACAUAAAGGAUUCAGUGGUGCUUUUCAUUUGUGAUAAUCAUGUAUUUAAUGUAAAUAAAUCGUAAAUAU